CUUUAAUAACGUUUCUUUUACACGAUAAUCAAAGCCAAUACAAGCCCGAGCUCCGCAUGCGCUAGCACGCUGGGUUAUCUCCGAUGUUUACCAGAUAGUUAGCUUCGGCUAGCCGCUGUGUGUGGCUAACUGCCAGUGUUAGCAUUAGCUUUCUUUUGGCGUUUUGUGAUUUAACUUUCAGUUACUAGUGUUUUAAAUAAACACUAGUUUUAAGGAGUUUUAAAUUCUAAUGUAGCUGAGCAGAAGCUAUCAGGCUAAUACGCAGUUAAUAUUAAUGUGUCGCUGCAGUUAGCUGUUGUCAAAUAUAACAAUGUUAUAUUUUGUAUAGGGGCCAGUAAAAAUUGACUUUGGGCAAGUAUAAUUGUAUUGUCAAUCCCUAGAGCCUAUUAUCUCCUUCCCUUUGGUAAAGGAUGGUCCAGUAUAGCCUGUGCUAAAGGAGAUUAAAGAAAGCACCUGAUUAAGUGCAGGAUGCUUUUGUCCAUGAUAUUAGUAAACAAGUGUUUAUCAAGAUUAACUUUAUUGUUGCACACAAAUUUGUCAUGGGCACUUAACCCAUGCAGCAGUCAUAAAAAAAAACUGUUAAUGUACAUGUAAUAUGAUGACAAACAAUAACAUUGUGUCACGCAUUGCAUAUAUUUAAAUAAUAUAUAUAUAUAUAUAGCUAAUAAUUGUGCACCGUUUAAAAAAAUAAAUGCUUGUCACCCCUGCAGUCUAACCGUCCAACCGUUACACUGAACGGUACACAGAUUUUUUUAAAGAUACAAAAAAACUUUGUUCUUUCACAAACGUGCUCAUUCAUGUGUAAUUACUUCCACCAACUAAUCAAAGUAUUCUUGUAAGCGUAGAAUCUGUCAUUCAGAAUACGUACAAGUGAGUCACUCGAAUGGCUGCAGCCAUGUUGCGCCUCCAUCUUUAAAAUACAUUAGCCAAAGAGGGACAUACCUGGACAUUCAAGCACCGCCAUUCACGCUUUUACACUCAGUGGCAGCGUGACGAAUGCCAGGGGGGGAGCUUACUCGCGACUGCCGGCAGAUUUGAAAGCCCUGUUGAAGAUGGAGGAUCACACCUAUUCUCGAGGACGUGUAACAAAGUCGCCAAGGAAGCGGAAAAGAGAAUUAAAACGACAACGCGACAGGCAAAGCAACACGACCAAAGUGAAUAUUGGGUUGGCUUUUCCAAGAUGGAAAGAGCUCAUGAGGAGCAAGAGUUUUAAAAGGGACGCCGAAGUUGCCUGCUUUCUUAUCGACAGAAUCCAGAGUCCAGCAGCCACAGUGGAGACCUGCUGUAUUUCAGACCAGGAUCAGAACAAGAGCAGAAUGGAGCACAACAACCAGAACCCGGAGCAGCAAAAUAACAACGUCUCCAGAAGACAAGCAGCAGGCUCGGCCUCGGAUACCACCGACGUGCAGAAACAAAGAGGAAGAGGGGGACUCGGAUGUCAUAGCUGUGAGCACUGUGACAAGUCCUUCAAAACAGCUACAAAUUUAAAGAUUCAUCGGAGAGUUCACACUGGAGAAAAACCGUACAUCUGUGACAAAUGUGGGAAAACGUUUUCUCGGAGUGGUAACUUAAAAAACCACUACCGAAUUCACACUGGAGAGAAACCAUACAGCUGUGGCGAAUGUGGGAGAACUUUUUCUUCUAGUACUACCCUAAACAACCAUCAACGCAUUCACACUGGAGAGAAACCAUACAGCUGUGACCUGUGCAAGAGAAGGUUUUCUCGGAGCGGUCACCUUAAAGGCCACCAACGUAUUCACACUGGACAGAAACGUACUGGAGAGAAACAUACUGAUGUGAAGUACUGGUGUGACCAGUGUGGGGCAGCGUUCACAAGUUUAGGUGGCUUCAAAAUUCAUCACCGCAUUCACACUGGAGAGAAACCGUACAGUUGUGACCAAUGCGGCGCAGUUUUUAGACUGUCAGGUAGCUUCAAAAUGCAUCAACGAACACACACAGGAGAGAAACCUUACAGCUGUGACCAAUGCAGUGCAGUUUUCGCGCACUUGGGCAACUUGAAAAGCCAUCAACGCAGUCACACAGGGGAGAAACCGUACAGAUGUAUCCAAUGUGGUGCAGCUUUUGCACGGUCAGACAGCUUCAAAACCCAUCAACGCAUUCACACUGGAGAUAAACCUUACAGGUGUGACCAAUGUGAUGCAGAUUUCAUACAGUUAAAUCACUUGAAAGUCCAUCAACGCAUUCAUACUGGAGAGAAACCCUACAGCUGUAACCUAUGUGGCAAAAGUUUCACCAAUCAAAGUAACCUAAAAUCCCACCACCGUGUUCACUCUGCAAAGAAAUGAGCUGCCAAUUGCCGACGAUCAAAAUGGUUUCUAAUUGGUUGAUAUGUGGAAUACAUUUUAUUUGGAUACUUUUUUAGUUUUGGAAAAGCUUUUACAAUUUACAAAAAAAAUGUCUUCCUCAAAUAUGAGUUUGUUUGUUAUGUGAAUUCUUACUGCUAAUAUUACUUAGUGGUGUAACGGAUCAUAGAUCCAUGGUCUGUACGGAUCUACACUCACGGUCGGAAUGCAAAUUCAAUCAAUUGCAAAGUUUAAUAGUGGGAAAGAAAUUUUUACGGUCGCUGUUAGCAAUCGGUCCCUCCGUAACUCAUGUUUUAGUUAAUGUAAUAAAGAUCUUAAUAUUGCACCUAAUCUGCCUUGCUCAGUAACUUCGGGAACAUUGACAACUACGAUUUUCAUUUUGCAAAACAAUAAAUUAUGUAUUAAUUAACCAUUUAUUCAUUAAUUUAUCUUUUAUUCCCAAAGAACCUUGGAGUAAAUUUUGCUAGCCACUUAUCCAGUAAUGUCACCCAAGCUUGUUUUGUUGUUCAAUUAAGAAACCUCUCCGAGAUCAGACACAAAAAAAUCCUACAUGUUUUUCUGUCAUCACGCAUUACCUAUUUAAACUUAUUCAGUCUACCAAUUGCAAUUCAUCCAGAACUCAGCAGUCAAAUUAUUAACUAAAUCUAAGAGGUUCUGUCUGGUCACUCCAAUUAACAAUUGUAUUAAUUAACAUUCUUUAACUGCAAACUGACAUUAUCUAACUGUAACUUAACAUUCUAGUACUGCAACAUAAGUGUUUCUCAAUACCAAGUAUGCCAAGUUCAAACUUGUGAGCUUUGUAGUUCAGACUUUAGAAAAAGUACAUCUGUGAGCUAUUUCUUUACUGUAACGUAUAUUUACAAUAAAACGAAAUAUGAUAUAA